AUGUCUUCGGGCAGCAAGGGAGGAGAAAAUCAGCUUGCUCAGCUGGCGAGCAUGACAACUUUGUCUGUGGACACGGGGGACUUAAAACUUAUCAAGGAACUUGCUUCUACAGGAUACAUCACCGACGCUACCACGAACCCGCUCUUCGUCAGCCAGGCUGGUCUCAGUGGCGAUCCCACGUACAUUGCGUUUGUUGACGAGGCCGUCGCGUACGCCAAGAAGAAGCUCGGUACCUCCCAAGGUGCCGAAGUCGUAGAACUCGCCAUGGAUCGCCUUGCGGUGAAUCUUGGCAAGGAGAUUUCCAAGCUCGUCAAGGGCUACGUUAGCACUGAGGUCGAUCCGAGGCUCAGCUUCGACGUGCAGGAGAGCCUGCGCCGUGCCCGCAGGAUAAUCAAGAUGUACGAGGAGGAGGGCGUGCCCAAGUCCCGCAUUCUCAUCAAGUUGGCCGCGACGUGGGAAGGGAUCCUUGCAGCUGAGGAGCUGCAGAAGGAGGGGAUCAACUGCAACCUCACGUUGAUCUUCGGGAUGGUGCAGGCGGUCGCGGCUGCCCAGCGCGGCGCCAGACUCAUCAGCCCCUUCACCGGGAGGAUCCUAGACUGGCACAAGGUUGAGGCGAAGAAGGAGACGUGGGAGCCGUCGGAGGAUCCUGGGGUCGUGGAGUGCACGAGGAUGUACAAUUACUACAAGAAGUACGGGCAUGAUACCAUCUGCAUGCCUGCCUCCUGGCGACCCUCCCGUGGCAAAGGAUACGAGCUCGACGAGAUCAGGGAGCUUGCUGGCACUGACAGGAUGACGAUCCCCCCUAACUUCCUCAAGAUGCUUGCGGAAAGCACCGAUCCUCUGCCUAGGAAGCUUGACCCUGCCUCUGCUGUGAAGAACUGCAAGGAUGCAGAGUUUGGAGGAGGAAAACUGCAGGAGAAGGAGUUCCGCUUCCUGCUGAACCAGGAUGGUUGUGCAACAGAGAAGAUGUGUCAGGGCAUCAGAGCCUUCGUCGCCGACACGGAGAAGCUAGAAGCUGCUAUGAAGUCGAAACUCAACUAA